AUGCCUGCUCCUAACCCAGUGAAAACUUUAGAUGGUCGUCUCAAGAUGAGAGAUGGUAAUUCCAUCCCUCAAUUUGGACUUGGUGUCUACGAAAUGAAUGACCAGGAAGCAUAUGAUAGCACUCGAGCAGCUUUAGAUGCGGGUUAUAAACAUGUCGAUACUGCUGAGUGGUAUGAAAACGAAGCUCCAUGUGGAAAAGCCAUCAAUGAAUGGUGUAAGGAAACCGGUACACCCCGAUCUGAGAUCUUCUUGACAUCCAAACUAAUGCAUAACAAGACAUAUGAUCAAGCUUCAGCAGACAUUAGGAAAUCACUCAAAACAGCUCAAACAGAUACAUUCGAUUUAUAUCUUAUGCAUUCACCUAUUGGUGGACCUGAAAUUCGUAAGAACAUCUGGAAAGCUCUGGUCGAUGCUAAGAAAGAGGGUUUACUCAAAUCUAUCGGUGUAUCAAAUUUCGGUGAGAAACAUAUUCAAGAAAUGAUCGAUCAAGGUGUUGAAUUACCUGUCGUAAAUCAAAUUGAUUUACAUCCAUUCAUGAGACAUCCUGAGAUUGUUGAUAUCUGUGAACAAAAUGACAUCAUUUUGGAAGCUUGGGGACCUUUAGCAAGAGCCAUGAGGUUCAACCAUCCUUCAAUUCAGAAGAUCUCAAAGGCAAAAGGUAGAGAUGUCGGUCAAAUCUUCUUAAGAUGGGGUCUUCAACAUGGAUUCAUCAUCAUUCCUAAGUCCGUUUCGCCCAAACGAAUCGCAUCCAAUUCUCAGAUCUUCGAUUUCGAGCUUGAUGCAGAUGAGAUGAAAGAGCUUGACGGUCUCGACGAGUAUCUGGUCACUGAUUGGGAUGUAGUGGAUGUAGAGUAA